AUUAACAAGUUGAUGUUGGGGACAGUCCCUUUGAAACUGGGUAAACAUAAGAUAGGGACAGUCGAUUUCGGAUAUGCUAUUUAAUCUGCACCACCUUAGUAAAAUAUGUUGGAAUUUCAAAUUUGACAAACAUGGAUCGGUGAAGAGGAAGGGAAGGUUGUAGGGGCAAAUUUCUCGCUGAAUUUAUAAAAAUGGCCAGGCCAGUUGAUCCUGUUGCACGGGUUGGUAUUGAAAAUGGAGAUUAUCAUGUUAAUUUAAUAAAAGCGAAGUCACGGCAAUUUUAUUCGGCAGCAAACUUCAAGUAUCCAAGUGGGCCUAGACAAAUGCAUAGCGAGUUCCAGCAUGGAAACAGUGAGGUGAAGAAAAAACAUGGUUCCUAUUCAAUAAGGAGUGAUUUCACGCGAAAUGAACCCCAUGAACACAGGCAACGGGUUGAUAAUUUGAAAUAUUUUGGAUACGCAGGACAAUUGAAGAGACAAGAAGAUGUUUUUGAUAAAGGCAUUGGAAUUUCAAUAGCUAGUAAUGCACAUUUGAAUGAUGACGUUAAGGAUUUUUGUGGAAAGCUUUUGUUAAAAGAGAAAAGAAAUGAUGAAAAAGCUUUUGUCAAUUGUGGAAGGAAUCUUGAAGGAGAUGAGAUUGGCCGCAAUCAGAAAGUUGUCUCGCCCAGGAAGGAUGUUGCUGAAGACAGCCAGGGUUUGAGGGGAAGAGUCACCGCUGGGAAUAAUUUAUCAGGUCGAAAUGUUUGUGAAAAACCAAGAUUAGAUAAGCAAACAGAAGGAAAUACCAGUGGGAAACGGGUGACUGUUAAUGGAUUUGUAAAAACCUCAACCGAUCGGAGUUUUUUAUGUGGAAAUAAACAAGACGGCGAGGUUUUCCAUAGAAGUGAAAGUAUCGAUCAAACUCGGCCUAAAUUGAAGCCAACGAAUAUAAAAAUUGUGUCGAAAAGUUACGAUAGCGGCAGAAAUGGAGGAAUUUCUGAUGGAAAAGUCAAUAAUGAUGGGAAAGGAAAGGCAAGAGUUGUGAUCAGGUCCUUCGAUGAAAGUAGUGCGAAUACUCCGAGAGAAGUUACUGUGCCGAAGUUAGAUUUGAGCAGUAAUUCCGAAGAGGAGAAGCUCAGUACAAAUAACAGGUACUCAAGAACAAGCGACAGUACAAAUUUGAGAAGAAUAAAGCUAAGUUCUUCAGGAUCCAUUGAAAAUAAAUCGUGUCCAGAAUUUGGCAAGAUGAACAGAGACACUAUUGCUUCGAGAGACAAACCCACGAUAAGAAGUGAAGGUAGAGGGAAUUUAAAUGAUCGGAUUGUGAAAGUCCAGAGGCAUUCUGUUGAUGUCUUACAUGCAAGGCAAGGCAGCGACCCGACAUCGUUACAAUCAGCGAGAAAAUUAUCAAGUGUUUCACAAGAUCUUAUGAGGUCCAAAGAGGAGCUCAUAAGCCGAUCGAAAGAAUGUGGACGUAUGCUGGAGCAAUAUAAACAGAGGGGACAGGAACUCCGCGAACAAAUUGCCGAGCGGCGAUCGGAGGCGCCACAAAGACCGCCGGCGAGAAAACCGCCAACAAGGGAUUUUAUUACUGAUGUCGGUUCAGGUAGAAACAGCUGCGAUGAUGAAGUCGAGCGAAGUUAUAGUCAAAGGAAACCAUAUAUGGAAAAACUCGGAGACACUCGUGAUGACGUCGGCCGUCAGUCACCCAAAUAUGGUAAACGAAAAGGAAGCUAUAUUGACUCGUGGCUUCAGUCGCAGCAAAGUAGGAUAAGUACGCUUGUAAGUGCGAUUAGAGAGGAAGAUACCGAUAAUGAUACAAAAAUGUCCGAUAAUUCACGAGAACGGACAAAUUCAGCUCCUCAGGAUAUAUCGUUCGUCUCUUCGUCUGCAAGAAAUGAUGGUUUAAAUGAAGAUCUUGAAAUCCAACCUUCACAUAGGCGUUCACGUUCUGGUGAAGAAAUAAUGGGAUUGCCAAAAAAUUCGAAUUACCCGAGGUAUUCCGAGGUUAAAAGACAGACUCCACGUGACAGCCCGCGUAAUCGCAGUCGUGCUGAGUCACCUAAACACAGUGACGGGUAUAGUCCGGAUGAUAUGCGCCAGAGAAGCCUUAGCAUACAGAAAGAAAGCUAUUCAAAGCUUUCAAGGGCUGGAAGUAUUGGCAAACAGAGUAACCGAAGUAGUAGGAGCAUUUCGCCGACUGGAACUGCGAAUGGCAAUGGAAAUUUUAGGCCCAUAAGUGUCUCUAGUCCUAGGAGCCAAAGUGGGACUGCAAGCCCACAUCUCCAACAUUCAUUUGACUCCCCAAGGUCAGUGUCGCUUGGCAACAGCCCUCGGCUUCGAAAAGAGACAACUUUUGACUCUGAUAUUGUGACACAGGUUGUGACAGAAACAGAAACGAUGAUGACGUCACCGAGACCUGUUGUCUCAAGGCGAAGCUCAUUUGGCAGCGAUUAUUUCCCCAAAUAUGGUAGUUUGCCUAGAAGUGGGUCGCCAAGAAAAACAAGUGCCCCGAAUAACUAUUUCUUUGGGGAACAGGACAACCAGCGUUUUGGCAGUCUCCCCCGAAGCCCCCCUGUGACGUCAGUCUCCUCAUCCUUUGACCAGGAGGACUUACGGUUUAACAGCUUGCCUCGUCGAAGCUCCAAUCAGUUUUCUCCUACAUCAAGUUCUCCAACACAAAGUCAAUUUUCGCCUACAAAUAGUCUCACUAGGAGAAAAGAAUCGUUUGACGAGCGCGUUGCUAAGCAACAAGCUCCCUCGCAGCAGAUGCAGGUGGAGGCUGAUGCUGACUUAUCAUUCAGGUCUGGUGCCGAGGACAAAUUUGAUUGGCCAGCGCCUCCGGAUUUUGAUAAUAUCACGGUAGAUAUUAACGAUCAGAAUCAGUCAUGGCCUAACACAAACGGAUCAUCACCCCCGUUUACAAAUAGCCGUGGACAUCAAGAUGGUAGCAAGAGUUUCCCUGUUGCUGUUGUAAAGCCAUUACAACAUGAAAAGAGCCGCUCCUGGGACGCAAGUGAACCGGGGGAUGAAGGUAAAAACGGCUUCAAAGCGAAACUGCAAACGCAAAAAGGAGAUUUAGGACCAUCAAUCAAAGAUCAAAAUGCUGAAAGACAUGAAAUAGAAAACCGAACCGUCAAUUGCUAUAAUGUGCGUGUUAGCCAAGAUUUUGCUGCGGACGCCCGCGGGAAACCUCGAGAUUCACCUACAAAUACCUCACAAGAAUUUCGAGAAAAGGCAGUAGAUGUUGGUUCCAAUUUCGAGCAGUCGAGUGAUUUGUCAGAUGCUGAUAUGGCGCCCAAUAUUUCAAGCCUCAUUAUUCAGGAUUUUCAGUGGUACAAACCAAUGGGCCAAAGUUCUAAUGUCAACAGCCUUAAUAGAGAUGACGUCACAAGGGCAUCCUUGCAGGAAGCCCCGCGGGAUACAACGCAGGAGCGGCUCGGAAGAUUCAAGCGAGGCUCAAAGCUGUUGUCUUCAAAAUACCAGUCGUUCAGCAAGUCUUUGGAGAAUUUGUCGAAGGUAGGGAAAGAUUUUAUCAAAAGUAAGAAAAAGUCUGGUGAUGGAAAGGAAGAAAAACCGGCUGAAAAAGGAGACGGAAAAAAAUCGGCAAAAAACAAGACACAGAGGAAGUCUGUUGUUCUAGGAGACGUUCAGUUGAAUGAAGAGUUCGCCAUGAAAAUGGAGAGAAGAGGAAGGGUGUCACUUGAUUUAGAAGAAAACGAGGCUGAUAUCAGAAAGAGGCACGAUGCUUCAGACACUGAUCAAAGUCGUGGUCAAUCUAGGCCAUCAUAUACUGAAGGGAGGCAGCAAAUAAAAACAUCUAAUUCAAGCCUAAAUAGAAGUUUGAACAGCUCAACUAAUUCUUCGCUGAAUGAAGAAACAGCCGUUGUAGCUAGAAGGCGGAUAUCAGAACCAAAAAGGACUGGGUACGAAGGUGACGUCAUCAAGCUUCAUGACGGUCCUGGAAAUUUGAGACAACCAUUUAUGAGGGGCGGGCGAGUAGAGACGGAAUUCGGAGUUCGAGAUUCUAUACGAAGGCGGGAGGUAAAAUCGGAGUAUUUUGAAAGUGUCGAGGAAAGUAAGGUUGGUUCUGCUAGGCCCAAAAGUGAGUACUUUGAGCCCCGGGAGGAGGAUUCAGUUCCGUAUGUUAACUCCGGAUUUGUCGAUUGCAAUGAAGCUGAAGAUGAAGAAGAAAAAGAAAUGGUGAAAAUUGUAAGAAAAAUAUCCGGCCUUAGAUCAAGUCAAGUCAAGAUUAAAAAAGACCCACCUUCAAAGAAAUCUGAUACUUAUGCAUCCAAAAAGACAGAAGCUUCCGAAAAUGUCCCAGAAGCAAAGAAUGGUCACGAUAAAUCGAGCAAUGUACCUAGUUAUUCUCACGAAGGUGAAUGGAACAUGGCGGAUAACAAUAUUGAAGCUGCGCCGGAUUCAAGCCUUGAAAGGCCGAAGGAGCAUCAGCAGCAACAACAACAGGCGGAAGAAAGUUAUAUCGAUGAACCUGUUGCCAGGAAACAAGCUUCGAACCCAGACCCUAUGAAGCGAAUAAGCACUUCAUUGUCACGUGUUAUGACAGAUUUAAGGGAACUUCGAGAGCAAGAUCUCACAUUAGCUACGCAAUUGAUUACAUUGGGGAAGUCAAUAAAGCAUUUUAAACAACAGAAAAAAGAAAUGGAUGAUUUUUACGCUCAGUUGGACGAUGGGGAGUCAACGGAUGAAUCUGAUUCAAGUGAUGAGGAGGAGACAGCCUCGUAUACAACAAGUCGUAUGACGACUGAUUUUUGAAAUAUUUAAAUGAUUCGUUUGAAUCAAAUUGGAACCUUAUUUAUGAGGAACUAAAGACAGAAAUCUGGAUUCAUUCCCAGAGUUUUUGCAAGCAAUCUAUCUGUGGCAGCAUCAGUGAAUCUAGCAAAGCAUGAAGCUGUAAGUUGAAAUCUAAUUUUGGAUCACUCUGGAUUACGAAUCGAAAUCCAGCUUUCUUUUGUAUCAUCCGGUCGGGACCAGACAGAAAUGAUUUGGACCACAAUUCUUGAUAUGAACCAAUUAGACUUUCGAGAGAUAGAGAAGAGUUUAGACGUUCCCUGAAACUCAUAUGUUGAUGGGUGUGAAAUUUGUGUUUAGGGUACAAUUAUUAUGUUUUGAUAAUAAAUUUUUAUCUGGCUUCAAAAUCAUGGACUGUGUUCUGAAAAUUUUGGGCAUUAUAAAUAAAAGCACGCAAUUUUUGGGUUCUUGUGCGAUUGAUCGAGAAAGAAAGAACUGUUUUUGUUAAAGUUACCCCCACGUACACUGGUUAAUCCAUAGAUUUGUCCCCCCCACCUCCAGUUUGGACAAUUUCUUCCAAAAAUGUAUAUUUUGACACUCAGAGACAACAAUUGCACCAUUUCUUCCGAUCGAAAACAGUUAUUUCUUUCAAAUAUUCUUUGUAUUUAAUUUGUUCUAAAGUAGAUUUAGUUUUGCAAUGAAAAAUAUUUUUGCACAUUUUAACAUCAUUUUCAAGUAGAACGUCGGAUUCCAUAUCCACGUGACUUAUUGGCGUUAACGGGGGUUAGUGAUAACGUUGUUUUUAUUUAAAGACUAUGGCGUUUAUGCUACUGGAUUAUGAGACUUAGACCCCCGGUGUAAUUGUAGCUUAAUUAAAAUGUGCUGUGCUACAUUUUGGAUUCUUCCAGAGCUCAAGGACGUUUUAAUCGUUAAAACUAAUAUCGUGAGUAUAGAAGCUCUCCUUUGAAGAAUAUAGAAAUUGGCAGUUGAUUUUUAAUGUAAAUUGUGAAAAAAACAUUCCCCCUGCCCCUUAUAAGGAAAUAUACCUGAAAUUCCCAUUUUUGUCUUUCUAAGGUUCUCUUAACCUUCUAAGUACACUUCGCUUCCCCUUAACAUUUAUACUAUUUCCCAUCCCCUAUUUGAAGUUCAAAAAGCUCCCCUGUUCCCAUGAGCAAAACGUUAUGUCCUCAUCCCCACAGCCCCUGGGGGCCGGAAAAGCGCCCAAUUAGUGAAAAUCCUGGCUUGAGUAAAAUUGUCUCAGAAUCGAUUCAUUCCAUUUACUUUACUCUCAAAGGUCUUAAGAGGACUUAACUAUGUAUGCAUACUUUCAAGGGUGUGUCCACGAUUUAAUUUAACCGCUGGAAUUCGCACAAUAAAGAACUUUUGUAACUGCGUUGGCAAAGAAAGGUAGUAAGCGUUUAUGCUUCAGGCCAGUGAUAUUCCAGCCGAGGGGCGAUUCACUCUUGCAAAUAGCGUACGAGAAUUUGUCUAAAACAAAAGGAUUUCUGGGGAUUUUCGGAUAAAACAUUAGGAUUUUCACGAAAGGUGUACGAGAUUUUCUUAGAGUGAUUUGCCCCUCGAUUCCAGCUAUGAUAAAAAUAAUUUUUUUGCCAUCGAAUUUAUUCGCUUUAAAGUUUUGCAAAUAUUCAAGAUAGGCCCUUUGUUUAAUAGAAGUCCUUUGGAAAGGGAGUUGUUUAUAAUUUACGAAUUUAUCGAUACCAGAACAUCAAUAGAACAUAAAAACCCAUUUCUCACUGCAGCGGUUGAGAAACACCUGAUAAUUUGUCAUUCGGGAAACCCACGUCUGUUUCGGUAUUCAAAAGGAUUGUAUUUUAAACAUCUUUAAAGUUUCUUAAAGUAUCGAAAGGAUUCUAUUAUCUAUAAUGAUUUAAAAGACUUAAAUCCAGUCUAGCCCAGGAUUAUCUGUUUUAUUGAUCUUUGGUUUUAGGCCUAAGCUACUAGAAUCUCGAGCGCAAAGUCUGACGACAUUGAAUUCCCAGAAAAAUGCAUGCAUUUAUUAAUAUAAAUGUUUUGCUAAUAAAAUUCUUUCGCAAAAGUAUUGCAUAUCUUGGCAGCGGUAUCCAUACUUCAAUAAGUAAUAUUUGCAAAUCUAUAUUUCGGCACGGCUAUUUGUAUACACCAAGUAAAUUGAAAUGGCGUCAGCAAAUUUUGCCGACAAAAUGUAACGAAUCUCCUUUUAAGCAAAGAUGUUUCUCUUUGUAAGGAAGAGAGCCUACACACUAACUUUCUUCCACUUCUAGCCCAACCCCACCCUUAUUUGUACACCCUCUUCUAGUUCCAAUAGUGAAAGAGUUUGAGGAGAAUCUUCGAACAGACAAGCAUGAUAGAAAGAGUCCACAAAAGUUUUAUCCUUCCUCUGGAUAAUACCCUCACAUCUUUUAAUCCUUUCACUGAAAACAGAUAACAAUGGCAUUGUGCCCCCUUUUCAUAGCUCCCCCUUCCCUCCAGCUACCCCUUGUUUCCUCCAGCUACCCUUUCUUCUCCCCAAUUACCCCGUUCCUUUCAGCUACCCCUUCUUCCCUCCAUCUACCCCUUCUUUCCUCCAGCUACCCCUUCUUCUCCCCAAUUACCCCGUUCCUUUCAGCUACCCCUUCUUCCCCCAGCUACCCCCUUCCUUCCAGCUUCCCCUUCCUUGUCCUGACGUAAGAAAAUUGAUAUUUGUAUAGUGUUAAUAAUUUUCUAAUCCUGCGUGUAAUUUCACCUUUAUUUAUGCAACUUCCGGUAGAUAAUUUAUGCAAUUUGGUAAAAAGUGGUUGAUAAAAACCAGUACGUCAUGUGAGUAAUAUUUUCUAUUUUGGUUCUAUACCGAUUUAUUUGCA